CACAGCUACUCUGCUUCUCGUGGGGACUUCGUCUGCCCAUUAGACAACUGCGAAGCCAUGUCUCAAGUCCGAGCAGUGCAUACGUUCACGGCUGAGCAUGGCGAUGAGCUCGACUUUGCGGCUGGGGAAUUGAUCGAUGUGAUUGAGAGAGACGAGGGCUUUGGAGAUGGCUGGUGGAGGGGUCGGAACGCGCGCGGCGAGGAGGGGCUCUUCCCUGCCACCUAUAUUGAGGAGCUCAGUCUUGAGAAAAAGGAGACGGAACCGAGUCCAAAAGCCUCCCCCAUACCGACUCCGCUAGAGGAGACCAAACCCUUGAACGACAAAGCCGAACCUCGGGAGAAGACUCCAGAACCUGAAUCCAUGGAUCAGACGAUUGCUUCUGUUCAGACCGCCAUUGAGACGAUGGGUCAGCCUUCGCAAGAGGAAGAACUGGGCGUCGGUCAAGACAUGCGGGCGCGUUUGGCAGCGCAGGCUAAACUCGCCAACGACAACAGGGAGAAACAGCGCGCUAGCGGUGGAGUGACGGGGUUGAUAUAUUCAGACGAGAGUGACGAUGAGGAAGAGCCAAAGCGCGAGGAGAAUGGCUCUAUCACCCGGUCGCAUAGCUCCAGUGCUCCAUCGAGCAGAGCAGUCGCCAAUGAACUACAACCGCCGUUGUCCCUGCCUGGGACGCCUGUUAACCAGGGCAACCCCAAGUCAUGGAGUGUCGAAGAUGUCGUCAAGUGGGCCAAGUCAAAAGGUUUCGAUGAGGGCAUAUGUGCCAAGCUAGAAGAGCACGAAAUUUCUGGCGAUCUGCUACUGGAGCUGGAUGCCAAUCUGUUGAAAGAGUUGGAUAUCCCUCAGUUCGGCAAACGAUUGAAGCUUGCGCAAGCAAUCAAUGAGCUGCGACAACCGGUUGCUUCUCCAUUACAGAGAGGUAUGAGCGCGCCACCGACUGCUCUCGUCGCACAGACACCCGCUGGAUUAUCACCGCGAAUUUCAGAGUUCAGCGAGAACCAGGACGAUGCUUGGAAAGACACACGAAGGACAACUUCCGGCUCUGGCAACAUGGCACCGCCUGCCACAACGAUGGGGACGAUCCCCGAACGUACAAUCAGCGUCCCAUCCAGUCCCAUGACGCCAGCAUCGUCUGCCACUAAGCGUGAAUCUACCGGAUCCUCUAGUCACAAAAAGAAGAGCAGCAUAGACGGCAAAGAUCGCUUAAGCUUCUUCUCACGCAAUCGAAAACCGGCUCCCACUGCAUCGCCUGGUGACACUCGCGCUCGUCUCGGUGCGACUACUCUAACCCAUCAAAUCCAACCUGUAACUCCUACCUUCAACCGUGCAGCGUCUGGUGGUGCCAAGGCUCUGCAGCAAAUCGGUACGCCAGACCACUCCGGCUAUAUGCGGAAGAAAGGCGAACGCUACGGAAGCUGGAAGAUGAGAUUCUUUGUCCUCAAGGGUUCUCAUCUUUACUACAUGAAGAGCGCCGACGAGGAUCGUGUCAAGGGAAAUAUCGAUUUGCGAGGCUACCGCGUGAUAAUGGAUGAGAACGCCCAUCCGGGUUCAUACGCCUUCAAAUUGGUCGGAAAUGACAAACCACAUGCCUUUUCCUCGUCUGAACAGUCUACGGUAAGGGAGUGGAUGAAGGCUCUCAUCAAGGCUACUAUUGCUCGAGAUUACACCGUGCCUGUGACUUCAUCUUGCAACAUUCCCACCAUUCCCCUCGCGGAGGCGCAAGCGAUGAGCCCGAGGCCACCUUCACCCGCCACCCGAGAAGCCACUCAGCGAGCGACAAGGCGGGAGAACACGAAUCAGCUGACGGCGCAUGAUGCCAGCGUCUUGAUGAGUCUUGACGCGGGUAAGAGGGUCAGCUUGCCCUCGCGACCCAGCCGUGAAUUACGCAGCCCGUCAAAUAACAACUUGGACCCGGGACGCUCAGACGAAUUGGUCAAGUUUGUGAAUGAUCAUCUACCAUCCCAGUAUCCACGAGCUUCGACCAUUCCCGACUCCUUCGUAUCGGGCGAGGUCGUUUUCCUACUUGUUCGCCACCUGUCAGGGAUUGAACCGAAUCCUCCCGUACCUCCUAAUGCGUUCGCACCUGAAGAUGGACAGCCUAGCAUUUCGGGCUUGUUCGCCAUGAUGGACAUUUUGAUCGAUGCAGGAGUGGACACUGCUGGGGUAAGCAUUAAUGAUGUGAGAAACGGGGAUUCAGAAGCGAUUGCGAGGCUGGUGGAGAGUGUCCGCGAGUGGUCUCGCACCAGGUCAGGUCCAUAGUCUGUGUGAUUCGUGGGACAAUGGUCAUCCUGGGGAAUGAGCACAGGACGGAGACUAUCUUUUUAUCCAUGGCUUUGUGAGAUCCCGGGCGAGGUCGACAUUAGAAAGUUUGGGAGAUCAUCUUUUUGCUAAUUGGGGGAUUACCUUUUUUUGUGUCUGGGAGAGAGAGAGAAAAACCUAAUGAAAAAUGAAACCUCGUGCCUG